UGGUCUUUUGUCUUCGAAUGAGGAUAAAUACCCGGGACACCCAAGGAAAAAGCACCAUCAGGUCUACUUCGAACCCAAGCAGUGAAGGUUCCCUGUCCAAUCAGCAGCCAUGAAGUUCUCUCUCGUCGCCGCCCUCGUUGUUGUACUGGCCCUGGCCAUUGGCAGUGAGUCCGUUUCCGUGGUGAAGCGCGAAGCCCCUGAGCUGGAGCAGCUGACCCAGUACUUCCAGGACCUGUCCGCCACCCUCACCCGCACCACCCAGGACAUCAUGGAGAAGCUGAAGGCCCACGAGCUGACCGGACAGGCCCAGGCCUACAUCGAGGAUGGGAGAGCCCAGUUGCAGCCCCUGGCCGAGAAGAUCCAGGAGCAGCUGAAGCCCCUGGCCGCCAACAUCGAGGAGCAGCUGAAGCCCCUGACCGACUCCGUGCAGGCCCAGAUCAAGCCCCUGGCCGACUCCGUCCAGGCCCAGCUGGAGGAGCUGUGGAAGAAGGUUCUGGAACAGACCAAGGCCCUGGCUCCUGCUCCCCAGUAAAAACCCAUCCGCUACCCAGCUCUCUACAGCUCGCCGCUCCUUCCCCCUGGGAUGGGGGUAGGGGGUUGCGGGAACCUCGAAAAACACCCCCGGUUCGGACCUCCAUCUGUCUGCACCCAACCCCCCCCCCCCCCCCC